AUGACGUACUGUUUUAAGAGCAGAUGAGUUUGUUUUGUAAUUAUUUCACCUAAACUGUCAUCUUAGGUUAGUUUUGACAUUAAAUUUCAGUAUUUCACGCAUCAUUUUCCAUAUAAAAUAAAAAUGGCUUCCAAUAAAUGAAAUAAUGGGCAACGGAAUAGGAUACGAAAGGCAAGACCUUCGAGAUAGAGAUGCGGAGCUUUCAAUACCUCAAAAUGUUUCACGAGUUAUAUCAAAUUUUAUCCUCGCCAUGUUACACGAUACAUAUUUCCCUUGUAUCAUCCUUCGUCCUUCAGUUUGUAUUCCAGAGGGAUACGCCGUAUACUUUUUUCAUCUUAAACAAGAAACUGAAGUACCAGCAUAUAACAUAAUUGGAAAUUUAUGGACAUUAAUCAAUUGCGAGAUUUCUUUCGUCGAUUCCCUGGGAAACAUCUGUACCGGACGAGUAGUUAGGACGGAUUUCAAAAGAUCAGAAACGUUGGAACAACCCAUUAAUUUUUUCGUUUACAGCAACAACAAUUCCGGUUGGGUUUCAUUUCCUUAUAUUUUUAUGACACGACAACAAGCGAGACUUUUAUGCUGCUAAAUUAUUCACUUCAAUAAAAGAUCUUCACUCAAA